CAACCACCAUGUUGCCCUGUGGACCAGCUUUGUCCUUUGCUCGGUGCCUGCUGCGGAAGAAGAAUGUCAGUGGCGAAAGUCUUGAGGACUCCAAGUUGUGCCGAUGCUUAUCGACAGUGGACCUUAUUGCCCUGGGGGUAGGAAGCACCCUUGGUGCUGGUGUUUAUGUCCUUGCUGGAGAAGUAGCCAAAUCCGAUUCCGGACCUAGCAUCGUGGUUUCCUUCCUGAUCGCGGCGCUGGCGUCUGUGAUGGCAGGGCUCUGCUACGCUGAGUUUGGUGCUCGCGUGCCCAAGACUGGCUCUGCCUAUCUGUACACUUACGUGACUGUUGGCGAACUGUGGGCUUUUAUCACUGGUUGGAAUCUCAUUUUAUCCUAUGUUAUAGGUACAUCAAGUGUAGCAAGAGCCUGGAGUGGCACCUUUGAUGAACUUCUUGGAAAACAGAUUGGUCAUUUCUUCAGCACCUACUUAAAAAUGAAUUACUCUGGGCUAGCAGAGUAUCCUGACUUCUUUGCUGUAUUCCUUAUAUUACUGUUAUCAGGUCUUUUAUCUUUUGGAGUAAAAGAAUCUGCAUGGGUGAAUAAGAUUUUCACUGCGAUUAACAUCUUGGUCCUACUCUUCGUUAUGAUUUCUGGCUUUGUGAAAGGGGAUGCUGACAACUGGAAAAUAAGUGAAGAAUAUCUCAUAAACCUUACUGCAGUAACAGAGAACUUCUCAUCCUAUGAGAAUGUGACAAGUAUAUAUGGGAGCGGUGGCUUUAUGCCAUAUGGUUUCACAGGCACAUUGGCUGGUGCUGCAACCUGUUUUUAUGCUUUUGUUGGAUUUGACUGCAUUGCAACAACUGGAGAAGAAGUCAAGAAUCCUCAGAAAGCCAUGCCCAUAGGAAUUGUGGCAUCUCUGCUUGUCUGCUUCAUGGCCUAUUUUGGGGUUUCAGCUGCACUGACACUUAUGAUGCCAUACUAUCUGCUAGAUGAGAAAAGUCCUCUGCCAGUAGCAUUUGCAUAUGUUGGAUGGGGUCCUGCAAAAUAUGUUGUAGCAGUGGGAUCCCUUUGUGCUUUAUCUACAAGUCUUCUCGGCUCUAUGUUCCCUUUGCCCCGAAUUCUGUUUGCCAUGGCACGCGAUGGUUUACUCUUUAGUUUUCUUGCCAAAGUGAGUAAGAGGCAGGCACCAGUUUCUGCCACCUUGACAGCAGGGGUCAUCUCUG